AUGGUUGCCCCCCAUCUUCUUAAGCUCGGAUGGCUCGUAUUAAGCUCCAAAGCUCUAGCCUGGCCAGGCUUCAGUAGGAUCUCGGAUAAUGAUGGCCUUCUCUCGGAUAUUGUUGAAUCAGCUAAGAAGACUCCAUCCGUGGAAAAUCGCCAACCGUCUGGGGGAACUCUGAGCUUGCAAGAAGGUAGACUGGAUCGAGCACCAUCUGCAGAUGCCUAUCAGAAACAUUUGAUCCACCCAUCACAAGACUUCUCCGCUGUGGAAACCGACGUCCGACCAAGCAGUCAACCUGGCAAACAGAAAGAUAGCACACAAGGGAUGAACACUGCCUGGAAAUCUAUGUUUGAUCGAGGAAACCCAUUCGAGUAUGAACCUAUGGAAUGGCCCUUAAUUGGGUCCAACAAGCAAGAUUCAGAGUCAAGACUAUUCAAUCACCAGGCGGAAGCCUAUCAUCAGCCCUCAAAACCCCCAACCGCCCAGACAUCCUACACCUCACUUCCACAAGCUCCUUGGCACGAAGGCCCACGUUUUGAAGAUGCCGAUGUCUUAAGAGAACCAAUCCAUUCUAAUUGGCCCUUAAAACCAGAGCCGAUAUUUGAGCAUCCGAUAAAUCACCCUCUUCAUUCAAGCAGCUGGAAUUGGGACGCUUCUUGGCCUAUAGCAUCGAAUUUUGGAACCUAUCAUCAGCCUUUAAAACCCCCAACCGCCCAGACAUCUUACACUUCACUUCUACAAGCUCCUUGGCACGAAGGCCCACGUUUUGAAGAUGCCAAUGUCUUGAGAGAACCAAUCCAUUCUAAUUGGCCCUUAAAACCAGAGCCGAUAUUCGAGCAUCCGAUAAAUCCCCUUCUUCAUUUAAGCAGCUCGAAUUGGGACGCUUCUUGGCCCAUAGCAUCGAACUCGGAAAGCUUCAAUGACCAACACAGCUCGCCCUUCACAGAGCAAUCAAUAGCCGGGCCUAGGUUUGAGCAACCAACAAUUGAAUCACCCAAGAUCCAUCAUGAGCCUUCCGAAGCUAUCGAAUACAGCAGCGCGAAUAAACAACCUGUGGUUGAGGACUACUCAGAUCUGUUCGUUGAUCAUGACCACUCGCAUACUGAAAUGCGCAACAGAAAUGCCUACAACCUGAAGAGAAGAAAACAAAUUGCGAAAGCCCGUCAAAAAGGAAAGCUUGUCAUUGGACAGACAGAUAUUCCACUCGAAAAAAUUAAGCAACUCAUCUCAGUGUCUCCCUUUCCUAAGGCAAGUAUGACUGACUCAUUCCUGGAAAGUUUCGCCGAUAAAUUCAGACUGGAACUCCAGAAGAAUUUUCAACCGCACAAGGUUAUGCAGGAAAAAUAUGCACAACAUACCAUUGUGGGUUUUCCAGCCGUCAUGAUUCCACGUCGUCGGAAACAGAAUGAAUUCAUAAUCCGGCCUCACGACAAUCCUGACUUACAAAAACUCAAGAGACAACAACACGCCAGUUUGACGUUCAAAAAACUGAUACGGUGGCUGCUUUUUAUCGAUACAGCAAUAUCAAGGGAAAUCAAUGGAAAGCUCCCUGAACAAGAUGAGAAAUCGUCUCUCAGAGAAUUGAUUGAUUGGCUCUGGAAAGAGAUUUUCCAUCCAACAGAAGGAAGUCUUCCUAUCUUUGGAAUGGUUCGACUGAACACCCCACCUGCACCAGGGAAAGCGUUUGGGCCGGUUCAAACGGUUGUGCUCAACUUUCUUAGCAAGGAAAUAUCAACUGAAAAUAUUCUUCGAUGCUGCACUGAGAUUAUUCGAAUUUGGAACCAGAAAUUGAAUCCCAUGGUUGCCAAGCUUCUUUGGCCUGAUGAACGUGUUUUAAAUUCAAAUAUAAAAUCAAUCAUUUUCAACGCACUCGUUUGGGAAAUGAAAAUUGACAACUUUGAGCGAACUACCGACGAACCAAUAGAUCACAUUGGGAAUUUCGAAAUAGCAAACCUGGAUUUUUACUUUAGCAAAGCUCUCCAACCAAAAUCUUUUUCUCGUGAUCAGCCAGUCGCUUUGGGAAUUCAUGAACAGAUGAUCGUGGAUAGUUAUACAGAGUCCAGGAGUGGUUAUCAUGUACGUAUGAAGCAAACUCCCGUUGGAAAGCUUCCGCUUAAAUUCGCCUCAGCAGUGCUCAAAGACUCUAGCCUUCCAAACAAAUUCAUAGUCUUAGUUACUUCCAGAAAGGGAAAGUCUGUUAACCAGGAACAAAUGGUGUUGAAGCUGAAAUGCUUAUUCCGCCAUCUACAAUUAUGCCAUCUCUAUUUGUCGAGUUAUUUGAAAGAUAGUCCGAUUCGAAACUCAAACGAGGAGUUCUUUGCUUGGCUCUCAAAGGUCUUCCUACAUCCAGGAAACCACAAUUAUCCCAUCUUUGGAACGCUGGAGAUGGUGGAGACUGAAGAAACUUUCAAUCCGAAAAAAUUUCAAGACGUUCAAAUUUAUUUGAUCCAUUACCUCAGCGACCCGCAUUCACAUUCUGCGAUCUGGCAGGUCUCACUUGCUCUGAUCGGUUACUGGUACAAAAAUGAAGACAUGAAUUAUUGGAUUAGAUAUUUUAACACUGACUUAAAUUACUGGAAAACUUCAAUCAGAAUAUUAAGCGAAAUGAAUGCUACCAAGAAGCCGGGCAAGUUUUAG